GUGCGCGUGUUGCAUCGAAACCCUCCUUUCGCCUCUCGCCCCCGACCUCCCCGGCUCUGCGAGCUCCGUCCCCCCCCACCCGUCCUGCCCUGCCUGCCGGUGUUGGUUGUCUGGCACAGUCCGCCCAUCAUGGUUAGAAUUAGCGUUCUCAACGAUGCGUUGAAGAACAUGUUCAACGCGGAGAAGCGCGGCAAGCGCCAAGUGCUCAUCCGCCCCUCCUCCAAGGUCGUCAUCAAGUUCCUGUCCGUGAUGCAGAAGCACGGUUAUAUUGGAGAGUUUGAGCUUGUUGAUGACCACCGAGCUGGCAAGAUUGUGGUAGAGCUCAAUGGAAGAUUGAACAAGUGCGGUGUCAUCAGUCCUCGUUACAACGUUGGAGUUGGUGAGCUCGAAGCUUGGACUGCCCGGCUCCUACCAUCUCGUCAGUUCGGUUACAUUGUAUUGACGACCUCAGCUGGUAUUAUGGAUCACGAUGAGGCCAGGCGUAAGAACGUAGGAGGCAAAGUCCUGGGUUUCUUCUAUUGAGAUUGUCUAAGGUUAGAUAUCCGGCACUGAAGGCUCUGGCUGCAAGGAUUGGCUGAAGUGCCAAGGGAGGUGCAAUGUAAGGGUCAGAGAUUGGCUGUUUGCCAAACUGAGUUUUCACUGCAAUUUCUGGGGAAUAAGCUUUCAAGUUCCCUGUACUUGUAUCUUUUCAAUCCAUUCGUGGUGCAACGUUUUCAGUAAUGAUGUCUACAUGUCAUUAAACCAUAAACAUCACGCUUUUGUUGACCAACUUU